GCCGCUUGGCCAACAGCUCAGAACAACUUCGAACGGCGUCCGAGUCAGGUCCCCGGAACAGAACUAGCAGAAGAGAACCAGUAGUGGUGUGCCAAAAGUGUGAUCCCAACCGGACGAUCAGUGCGCCCCUCCUGAAGAUCCUAGAGUUAGUCGAAGUGAGAACGUGCGAGCGAACAGUUCUCCGUCUGACAGACAGUGCGCAAACCGAAUAACCUCGAGCAACUCCAGAGUGCAAAAGCCCGAAAAUGGUCUACGACAGCGACUUCUACACCAGCCGCCGGGUUGGUUCGUCCUAUACCCGCCCAACAAUCUCGUCCUACACAGUGACGACGCCUUUGCGAUAUUCUGGAGUGCCAAGACUCGAUACAUACACCACUACUACCACCACUUAUCGCACCCCAAUGCCAUACGUCGCCCAUAAGCGCAUUGUUCCACUGACGGGAUUCGCCACGUCGCCGUCUAGGGUGACCAUAUCGCCGGUCCGGGUGUACGGUUCGCCCGUUCGCGUUCUCCGAUCGCCGGUCCGAGUCCUCGGGUCGCCGGUUCGAGUGAUCUCGUCACCGAUCCGAACCGUGGUCCGGGCCGUCCGGUCGCCAGUUCGCAUCAUCUCCUCGCCGGCACGCGUAGUCACCAUCCGGCCGUCCUACCUGCGUCCGUCGAUCGUCAACAAAGAAUUCGAUCGUAUCGAACGCAAAUACCGUGCCAGUCCCGUAAGUAGCGCCCUCGAGCAGUAUUACAACACGCCAUCCUACUUGGAAUUCGAGGAUGAGAAGCGUGAAAUCCGUAACUCGAGCGCACUGCUGCUGCGCCAGUUGAACGAUCCAGUGCCACGCGUACUAAGCCCAUCGCUCCAAACAGCUGCUCCAGCCAUCGAACCAAAUCCCAAGCGGUGGGUCUAUGAUCCAUUCAGCCACCACAACAAGCUCAACAGCGAGACGUACGUCAAGAACACCAUCACCGACCCGCUGCGCAGUGUUGCCAGGGACAUUGAAGCCAUGGCCAGAUACCACUCGCCUGCUUCCCGUUACGUCGAAUACGUCAUGUUGGACGAUAUCCUCUGGCGUUACACGUACUACGUAGAUGAUGAUGGCAAGAAUCAUUUGGCGAGUACGCGUAUUAUAGGAUCCAAGGCGUACCCGAAGAGCAAGCCACGAGUCUAUAACUAUGACACUGCCCGGGUGGGCAGAGAUGUCAACGUCAUGUCGCACUAUAAGUCGAACCGCAGCCAGGCCACGGCUGACGUCGAGGAAGUGAGAUUAAAUCCAGCCCGGCCGACGCGCAAGUUCAACAACCCGAAGCUGUACGAUGACCCCACCGACGCCAAGCUCAAGGACAAACAGGACAAAAUCGAUCGGGUCGCCGAGCUGAACAAGGUCCGCUACGAGCCGGUCAACCUGGAGCAGGAGCGCCGCAAGCUGCUGGAUGAAACCAAGAAGAAGGAGGAGGAAUCGUUGGAGCGCGAGCGCAAGCGCCAGGAGGACAAAGUCCGCCAGGAGGAGGAAGCCCGCGUGGCGGCCGAGGAAGCCGAACGCAAACGCGUCGAGGACGAGCGGCUCGCCGAAGAGGCUCGAGUGGCGGAGGAGGCGCGGUUAGCCGAGGAGGCACGACUGGCCGAGGAGGCCCAGAAGGCUGAAGAAAAGAAGAAAAAAGCCGCCGAGAAGAAACGCAAACAGGAAGAGGAAGAACGAAAACGUAAGGCUGAGGAAGAGGAACGCCUGCGCAAGGAGGAAGAAGAGCGAAAACGAUUGGAAGAAGAAGAGCGUGAACGACAAGCCGAGGAGGAGAGAAAACGAUUGGAGGAAGAGGAACGCAAGCGAAAGGAAGAGGAAGAGCGCAAGGCCAAGGAAGAAGAAGAAAAGAAGCGAUUGGAGGAGGAAGAGCGCAAACGCAAGGAGGAAGAGGAAGCUAAGCGAGUGGAGGAGGAACGUCUGGCUGAGGAAGCCCGCCUCGCCGAGGAAGCUCGCCUGGCCGACGAGGCACGUCAAGUCGAAGAGAAGAAGCGCAAAGAGGAGGAAGAAACCCGCAUCAACGAGGCGCAGCGAAUCCGCGAGGAUGAGCUUGCGCGACUGAACGAACUGGAGAAGCAGGCCAUCGAGGAGGACAACGUCGAACUGCUGCGGGAAAUCACCGAACUGAAGGCCAUUGCCCAAUCAGACGAGGAACUGUUGAAGCGUCAAGCUGCCAAACUGGAAGAGGCUGCUGAAACUCCAGCCGCCGAGAGCACCGAAGCCGCACCAGCUGUAGAAGCCGCGCCUGCCGAAGCACCCGCCAGCGAGGAACCAGCCGUCGAGGAACCUGCAAGCGAAGCUGCCCCCGCACAGGAGGACAAGACUGAGGAAAGCCCAGCCGCUGAAGAGUAAACUCACAACAUCGUCGUUUAGGUUAAUAUCAUAAUUUAAAACUAAUGAAUGUGUUCAAACGAACCGGAAACAAAAGUCGUGCAUUCACGAUAAAUUGGAAGGACCAACGAACAUCCUCAGUUUUGCAGGAGAAACAAAGAAUUCCAUCCGUUGGAACUGAUUGGAAUCGAAAUCGACAACCAUUCAAAGGAUAUAAUUAUAACAUUCGUAGAUUCGCCGUGAAUUACUAAAACGCUUAGUAGCUGUGCCAUCAACCUAUCCCAACCGUACGCAGAAACUCGGGAUAUAGAUCGUAGAGUCUAUAUGGAGACCCUUCAGCAACUCGUACGGCAUCCCUUGACCACUUGUGGAUGACCAACGGACGCAGCCAACGGCGUUGAACGUUUCAUCUUAGUGCAUUUCUCUAUCGCUUUUAACUCGAUUCCCUCAUCCCGCCGACCCCAGCAGAUAAGAUAAAGCUUUUAUCAGAAUUACGUCAUUGUUUCAGUGUUUAAUAAUAUUACAGAUACGGAGACACAUACAUACAAACAUUACAGAGAUCUGUUAAGUUUGAAAAACAAAAAAUAAAUAAAGAAAUUUUAAGAUCGAGACUAAA